UAGGCCCCUGCGGCGGAGCACCGCCCUCGCCCUAAACCCUGGCUCGGCCGGGAGGCCGGGGUUGAGUCACUUGGCUGCGCGCCGGCAGUACCUUUGAAAGGCGGCGGGAGGCGGCGAACGCGAUGGCGAGCUUGGGUCUUCUGCUGAGAGUGCUGGGCCUGGUCCUUUGCGGGGCGGCGAGCCUUGGGCUGUCCACUUCUCCCGCCCCCACCUCCAAGAAGCCCAUCAUCGGAAUAUUAAUGCAAACGUGCCAUAGUGAGAACAUGAAAAUCCUGGGAAAGUACUAUAUUGCUGCAUCCUAUGUAAAGUAUCUGGAAUCCGCAGGUGCAAGAGUUGUGCCCAUAAGGCUUGAUCUUAAAGAUGAAGAGUAUGAAAAGCUUUUCAAGUCUAUUAAUGGGAUCCUUUUCCCUGGAGGAAGUGUUGACCUCAUAAAUUCAGGUUACGCCCACGUGGCCAAAAUAUUUUACAAGUUGGCCAUACAGGGUUUUGGUAAUGGAGACUAUUUUCCUACGUGGGGGACCUGCCUUGGAUUUGAAGAGCUUACGUAUCUGGUCAGUGGAGAGAGCUUAUUAACCCUCACAGAUACUGUUGGAAUUAAAAUGCCACUGAACUUCACUAGAGGUCCAUUGCAGGGCAGAAUGUUCCAGAAUUUUCCUGCUGACUUGUUGCUGUCAUUAGCAAUAGAACCUCUGACUGCAAAUUUCCACAAGUGGAGCCUCUCUGUGAAGAAUUUUACAAUGAAUGAAAAGUUAAAGGCGUUUUUCAAUAUAUUAACUACAAAUACAGAUGGCUCUAUUGAGUUUAUUUCAACAAUGGAAGGAUACCAGUAUCCGGUAUAUGGUGUCCAGUGGCACCCAGAGAAAGCUCCUUAUGAGUGGGGCAAAUUAAAAGGCAUUUCCCAUGCGCCUAAUGCUGUGAGGGCUGCAUUUUAUUUAGCAGAGUUCUUUGUGGCUGAAGCUCGGAAAAACAAUCACCAUUUUGAAUCUGAUGUUGAAGAGGGCAAAGCACUGAUUUAUCAGUACCGUCCAGUUUAUACUGGGAACAUUUCUUCGUUUCAGCAAAGUUAUAUAUUUGAUUGAAAGCCUUCAAUGUGUUAACAGAGAAAUUUUGAUUAACUCCAUGAUUAAACUGUUGUAAUAACUUGUUACUCAUGACGAUAAUAGAAGGCCACAGAGAUUCCUUUUCUAUGAUGUUACUGGCUCUGAUUCUUCAUUCAGUAUAUUUGACUAUAUCACAUUUGAUAAUCAGUCAGUGAGACAGAUACAUAAUCUGAGUGUUUUUCAUGGAAAAGCUUUCUUUUAUCUGAAGAUUAGAAAAAAAUAAAUUUAUUAAAAAUACA